UCAAACUCAACCAUUAUCUCUGAGGAGGAACCCAGUCAUCAGACCACUUCACUGAUAAAAUCUCUAGGAGAUUUUAGUCCACUCUUCUCGUAACAGACAGCUGAAUCGUUACUCUAGCUGUCCCAUCUUCUCUACAAUUACCAUUCUGCCAGAGAUACGAUGGGCGUUGACUACAUCAAGAGUCCAUCGGGCAUCCUGAAGGUGGUGCAGAUACUAAUGGUGAUCAUUGCCUUCUCCGUGUACCGUGGCGUCCCUGGGUUUUUCGGAUCCAUGGACCUUGAUGAUGCGAACGUGUUUGGCGGGAGCGUGCUCGUGACGGCGCUCAUAAUCACCCCCAUCCUGCUGGCCGUUAAUCUUCUCCACGAGAACCAACCGAAGAACUUCUUGGAGGUAAUCGUCAACUUUGUGCUCGCACUCCUGCUCCUGGCCGCCGGUUCGGAAGCCAUCAACACCUGGUCGGGAGUAGACCUUUUCCCUAAAACCCGGGAUGCAUCACUGGCUACGGGCUGUUUCUGUCUCUUCGCCUCCUUCGCCUACUUCGGAAACGUGGCACUCAACGUCCUUGAACUCAGGAGCGCCGGCGAUGGUUCGGGAUAGUAGAAGUGACGCCACGCUAUCACCUUCCCUGAGAGAGAUCUGAUGAGUAACAGGGGGAUCGGAUGUUCUGGAACUCUGGGCAAAAUAUUUGACUGACUCUGAAUUACCUCUUUCACUAUGAAAGCAAUUUUCCUUUUGCGAAAAUGUUUUACGCAAAUUAAACACGGUUGCAGUUUUAGAGAGAAAAAAGCAUAUUCUAAACCUAACGUUGCUACAUUGGAUCUAAAAUGUAAAAUAUAUGAUGGAGUUAAAAUCUGUUCAAGAUCACUGUUAUUUUAAGAUCCUCUCUGUACACUUUUUGGUUUAUUGUCGAAGUUGAUCUGUUUUCUCAUUUUUGAACAAAAAUAAAGUCCCUCAGGCAAGGUUUGGCGAGCCUCAAUGCACUCUUAAUGCAGAAAAGGUACUCUACGUUUUCAGUCUUCAUGAAGUAUUGUAGUCAGGGCUGUCGCGACGGGGGGGUGUGGGUGUGUGACACCCCUCCCUGAAAAAAAGCAUCUGUCGGCAAAUGAAACCUUAAACCUGCAAACAUAGAGUUAUUGUGUGGCUAAUAAAGUCACCAAUGCCCAACUCCCAAUGACCACGCCCUUUGUCGGCAAAUUUGAAACAUUACCCCUCCCCCCCUGCAAUGCUGCCUUCCCGAUGGCCCUGAUUGUAGUAUCGAAAGUUUUAUAAUUAUCAUCGACUUUUCCUGUGAUUUAUCAGUCUAAAGUUGUAAAAGAGGAACAAUGCAAGAGAUGACGUCUCAACAUUAAGGACUCAAUUGUUUAUUUAAAAAUUAAUGUUUCGUUUCAGUAGCUUUGAAACGAAGAUUAUGUUGGUAAAUAUUCUCCUCUUGCCAAGAACCCUGAGUGCCUUCCAAUAUGUUUAGUUGCAAUUCACUGUAUCCGGUGGGUGUUUUCGUUCCUCUGUUGUAUUUAUGCUUGUAUGAGAACAAAGACAUUAAUCAUUCAUAAAUUAAAAACUUGAGAAAUGUACAAGAUGCUAAAAAAAAAGUAAAUGUCUGAAUAACUGA